AUGUCAGAUGUUCGGCUAUCUAACGGGAGCCCGACGCUGGAGCGGACGGAGCCCCGAGUGUCGGAUCCCCCGCAACCGUCGCUGUGCAGAAACCUCUUCGGCCCGGUGGAUCACCAAGAGUUAAAGAGGGAUUUAAAGAGACAUUUGCGGGAGAUGGAAGAGGCUGACUCCGCCAGGUGGGGCUUCGACUUCGCCAAUCACACGCCGCUUGCCAACGGCAGGUUCGAGUGGGAAUUAGUGGAUUGUAAAGACGUCCCGAGUUUCUACAACAGACAGCCGCGGAGGGAGAAGGGCGUCUGCUCCGCUGGGAAUAACAAUGUGGAUCUUAAUGGGAAUCAUAACUGUGUUGUGGGGGCUCCGAGUGCGGACAGCGACAGGUCUGAAGCGCAGAUGGAGUGCACGGAGCAGUGCACCGGGAGGAGGAAAAGACCUGCAUGUCACGGUACUACAUUUACUACAUAUUAACCCUUCUUAUUUAACCGAGAGAGAGAGAGAGAGAUGGACAGAGGCUUAUUGCAUCAUCUGUCGUCGAAAACAGUAUUUGUCUGUACUGGUCAGACGAGCUGUACUGCAACGAAAUCGAUCAGUCAUUCCUUACAUUUUGAUUUUGGUUGUCUUUGCUGACGGUAAACUUUGCCUUUGCAGACCCCUCUGUCUCUGAUGAGGUUAGCUUUCAAAGCCUGAGCCAUUCUGCAGAACACACACCCAGAAAGAUCAGUCCCAAGAGGCAAACGUGA